AUGGUCCAGGGUGCAGUCGCAAGUUUGACUACAUCCUUGCUUGAUUGGCUUGCUGCAAACCCGCAGUUGCAGCAUGACAUGUCCGACAGUGAGCCCAGCGAAUGGUCCAAAGACAGGCUCACCCAAGAAUAUGCAGAGCGCACACCCGGCCUGCAUUGUAUGUGUGGCCACUCUGAUGAGGAGCCUAACUGGUUCCCUUGGCCUGACAAGACAUGCAUCCUGGAUAUUUUGCGCCAUCUGCCGUGUUCGCUUUUUUCCGAUACCCAAAUGCAAAUGAUCCUUUGGUGUCUGGACAUACUCGGUGUCGACAAUAGGCCAUUGCUUGCUGUCUUGAAGGCAGUCAAUGAGUUCCUACAGCACCUAUGUGGUAUCACCUCUAUUUGGUACAAGGGCCCCCUCAGUGAUGUAUACUAUGUCAAUGACCUGCACUCAAUCAUCGUGCAGGAUUACUUCCUCUAUGAGCCCGCAAAGUUGCGCAAUGGUAAUCUCAUUAUCCUUAUUUGCUGGUACACAUGCAAGUCCCCUGCUAGGGAUCAAUUGAUGUUUGGCAAAUGUUGGCACCUACUCCCUGUGUUAUUCAUCCCUGCAAUUCUGGGAUUUAUCCAUGAACAUAUACUGACCCGGCAGCAGGCAACUGCUGGUGUUCACAGGCAAAAGGGCAUCAUAAUUGUCUCACAGCUGGAGGAUGCCCAACACAAUGGGAUCUGGGCUUGGGAUAUCCAUUUGAAGGAAAUGAUCCUCGUUAUCCCUGGGGUACUCGCUCUGCUGGGUGACAAUCCCAUGCAGAGCGAGCUUGCCUGCCAUGUCAGCCUAGCAGGCUCGGGACAUCAAGCAGACAGCAAUUCCAAGCACUCUAACACCUUUGCCAGUUCCGCUGGUAGUCAUAGCAAGAGAGCGAAGAAAAUGCGCUGUGCUGAGACUCUGCAGGAACUUGUUGACCGAGCGCGACACUUUUUUGCAAUGUUAGGCCACCUGCAAGCUAUAUUCCAAGAAGCCAGUACAGUCGGUGGCACCACUCGUGCUAAGCAAAUGAAAACAGAAACUGGCAUGAAGGACACUUUUCAAGACCAUUUUGUUAAUAGAAUUGCUGCCUUCUCAUGCAAAUUGCAUGGCAGUCACGGCGAGAAGCAAGCCAUCAUUGAUGAGAUGAUCACAUCAGAGUUUCCGGCCAACACAUCCAGUCCUAUUUUUCAUAUCCAUGAUUUGGACGUGAAUCACGAUACACCAGUUGAGAUACUCCAUGUUGUACUCCUUGGCUUCAUCAAAUACUUCUGGUGUGAUGCAAUUGCAUGCAUCCCCAGGGAUCACAAAGACUUGCUGAAGACCUGGUUGUCGUCACUGGACGUGUCAGGCCUGGGCUUGCCAUCAUUAGCUGGUGAAACAUUGGUCACAUAUGUGGGAUCACUCACCGGCCGCAAUUUCCAAACCAUUAGUCAAGUUGCAUCAUUUGUGCUGUACAACAUGGUGUCUGCAGAAUGUUUUGAUGCAUGGCUCAUGCUCUGCACCUUGGUUCCACUGAUUUGGCAGCCUGUGAUUGAGGAUCUGGAAUCUCAUCUGGUUUUGAAUCCUUUAAUGCCAUCAUUCACAUGCAAAGGAUCCAUAGCAAUUGCCAUGCACCAUCUCGCGACAUUGCAUGAUCCCACAUCAGGUUGGCAUGCAUGCCAUAACGCUGACAGUGACCCUGCGGCCUGGAUGACUGCCGGCCGAUAUCCUCUGGCUUUGGUGCACCCUCGCAUGGAUGUCAAGAAUGUCAUCAUGGACUAUUAUGGCCUAAGCAAGGCAACAGAUGCCAUCGCACAGCAUUCUCUUGGCCAGUGCAUCAUUGAGAUGGAACCACCACCUGCUCUACGGCAAUGCAAGUUGGUGCAAUUCUGCGCUGGCAAAGGUUAUGUGGUUGGGGCUUGGGUUAUAUUUCAAACCACCACCCCGCCGGCUGCUGGAUCUUCGCGACCACCUGCACCAUCUAUUGGGCAUGUGAUGGAGAUUCUGCAGGUCACCAACAGCUUCAGUGCACUUGCAGGACAUGCAGACAAAACACUCAUCCAGUUGUUCAUGGUCACAGGCAAAGCGCCGCAUUAUGGGUACCUGCAAUUGCAUGCAGCACACUGGGUAUCUGUUGCCCCUCUUCUGCCAUCUACCAAGAGCAUGAGCUCACCACAAGUACCCAUGCACUAUGUGCAAGUGUUUCGUAUGGAGCCGGUGCAGUUGGAUGUUGAGAUGGCAAUCCUGGCGGGUGCAUGCAGCGAGGUUGAUGCUUGGAACACCCGUCAGACUCAAUCCAAGCCUUGCAAAGUGCCACCACAAUGCAAGGAGGGAGCCGAUCCCAUCCAGUGUGAAGCCAUUGACAUGCGCCCGCAGUGCAGGCCUGCUGCUGCUCAACAGCACCACCAACCAAAUGUUCUCUAUGAUAUGCUGGAGGCCAUCAAGUAUGAAUGCACCCAGAUGCUCACAAUCCUCCUCCAUACAGGUGGGCCUAAGAUGAUGGCCGUGCCCCUAAAGAGCCCUGGCAGCACUGGCAUUCAACUCUGCCCUCAUUUCCACUAUGAAAACAUGUCGGGGCUCGGCACUCUGGCCAUGGCAGCGUCACACACAUCUGUGGUGCCAUCAUCCUCCCCACCAGGCUUCUCACCCCACCCUGAGACCUCCUCCACUCACCACAUGUCAUUUGAUAAGGUGCACAUCAAGCAAUGGUUGGAGCUUGUUGCGAACUGCUUGCAACUGAGGUCAGAACAAUACUCAGAUCUCCAGGUGUUCAUUGAGCUCGGAGAAGAUCUCGAGCCUGGUGACAUUUGCAUACACAUCUAUCAGCAGGCAACACAGUAUUGUGUACUCAACAAUGUGGAAGUGCAAUCUGUUGCUUACGGCAAAUUCAUGGAACAACUCCGGCGUGACAAAGACCUGCUGGGAUUCACACAAAUUUAUGGCAAUCCGCUUCUGAAAAGUGUCAGCCUGGGUGCUGCACAAUGCAGCCUUGAACAGGCCACCUGGCUGAUUGCUACCAAAUUCAAGAUGGGCAGCCCGGGCAGCACUCUUUCGGCAGACUACCAAAUCCAUAUUGUGAUUUUGCACCGUUUGAUGUGGGAAAACAGUGGGACUUUGGAUGCCUCUGACCUUGACAUGGCCGAAGUGGAUGAGUCCAGUAAUGAAGAUGAUGCAGUGGCAGCAACAGCGCCCAAAAAAUGA